CCUUUUGGUGUCUAGUAUCAACCCUUAACCUCAACACCUCACGACCAAAACUGCAUCACGCUGCUCAGCCGUUUCCUUUCUGUCCAAAAAGAUUCUCUCUCUAGAAUGAACUGAAAGAUACUUCUCUUUCUCAUCUCACACUAUUACUCUACGCUCUUACAACUACAUCCAAAACACCAUCCUCAUCACUUCCCUUUCAUAUCUAUCACUAUCCAUUUCAAGAACUGUUGAUUUCCUUCAACCCCAUUUGCUUUUCUUGCUGUUUCAAAGCCAAUAAUGGCUGAUAAAGAACAUACUCCCCAGCCACCAGCCACACCUGAGGAAGAUACCCCACCCCCACCUACACCUCCACCACCAUCAGUAGAACCCGAACCAGAACCACCUCUUGCUUCAGUUGAAGUUGAAUCAGUAACUGAACCUGAAGAACAUCACUCUUCUUCAGUUACUACUGUAGUUGAAACAGAAGCUCCUUUAACUCAACCUCCACCAGAACCAACUGUUCUUGCAUCUGAACAAGUGUCUGUUACUGUACCUGAGAAAGAACCUGAGGGUGUUAUUACUGAAUCUGACAAAUCUAAACCAGUUGAAGUGAAAAAAAAGAUCCCUGAAUCUUUAGUUUCAUUUAAAGAAGAAAGCAACAAAGCUUCAGAUCUAUCUGAUCCUGAAGGAAAAGCACUUGAAGAACUGAAAUUUCUUGUUCAAGAAGGGAUUAAAAAUCAAAGCUUUACUACUGGAACACCAGUGAAAACCCAAGAAGCAACAGAAAUCACUGAUUUGCCUCAAGAAGUAUCUAUUUGGGGAGUGCCACUAAUGAAAGAUGAUAGGAGUGAUGUGAUUCUGCUUAAGUUUCUUAGAGCUAGAGAUUUCAAGGUUAAGGAGUCAUUUGCUAUGUUAAAGAACACAAUUUUAUGGAGAAAAGAGUUUAACAUCGAAGAACUUGUAGAUGAAAAUCUUGGAGAUGAUCUUGAAAAAGUUGUGUUUAUGGAUGGUCAUGACAAAGAAGGACACCCUGUAUGUUAUAAUGUGUAUGGGGAGUUUCAGAAUAAGGAAUUGUAUAACAAAACAUUUGGAGAUGAGGAGAAGAGAAACAAGUUUUUACGUUGGCGAAUUCAGUUCUUGGAGAAAAGUAUAAGGAAGCUGGAUUUCAAUCCUGGUGGAAUUAAUACUAUAUUUCAAGUUAGUGAUCUUAAGAACUCUCCUGGUCCAGGGAAAAGGGAGCUUCGAAUUGCUACUAGGCAGGCCUUGCAAUUGCUUCAGGAUAAUUAUCCUGAGUUCGUCGCUAAGCAGGUAUUCAUCAAUGUCCCUUGGUGGUAUUUAGCUUUCUACACAAUGAUCAGCCCAUUCAUGACCCAGAGAACAAAAAGCAAGUUCGUAUUUGCUGGUCCAUCAAAGACUGCAGAAACUCUUUACAAGUAUAUAUCUCCAGAGCAAGUACCUGUUCAAUAUGGGGGCCUCAGUGUCGAUUACUGUGAAUGCAAUCCUGAAUUCACUUUCAAUGAUCCAGUCACAGAGAUCAUUGUAAAACCUGCAACAAAGCAGACCGUGGAGAUCAUUGUAAAUGAGAAGUGCAUUAUUGUGUGGGAGCUACGUGUAUUGGGUUGGGAGGUGACAUAUAGUGCUGAAUAUGUGCCGAAUACAGGCAGUGGAUAUACUAUUAACAUACAGAAGCCUAGGAAGAUGACCCCAACGGAUGAACCUGUUGUUAGCAGCAGCUUCAAGAUUGUUGAGCUCGGUAAGAUACUGUUGACAUUUGACAACCCUACAUCGAAGAAGAAGAAGCUUCUCUACAGGUACAAGGAUAAGCCCUAUUCCGAUUGAGGAAUCGACCCCAAAUCAAGGGAUGACUGUGGAUAUGAAUUUUGACAUGCACACAUCUUUAUGUAUGAGGAGGUGGAAUUUGUGUUGGUUCUCUUUGUUAGUUUUACUGGAUAUUCUGGGUUGAUGUUUUUGUUCUCUGAUUUUGUUGGGAUCUAUGAAUUUCUUCUUUGUAGCUGAGCUUGUCCUGUCCUUACUUUGACUUGAGGGCUACUGUUAGGGUUCUCCCUGUAACUUUGGUGUUUGGUUUGAUAUUUGAAUAUCGCGAUGUUUCCAGGCUUCUAGCCAAAGGAUGAAGAACUUGAGGGCAGCGGGUAUGUCCGUUGAGGGAAGACAUGUUUCUGAAACCAUCUGCUCUCGUUUAUUAUCUGUUGUAUAUUUUCUUUUACCAUCCAUUUUACAGGAGACUUGGCAUGUACAUAUGGUCUAUGUUACAUGUAGACUUGUACUUUGUCUGGUUACAUUUAUACAAUUUACUUAUCUU